AUGUCAGAUGGUCAGGAGUUCUGCCUGCGCUGGAAUAACUUCCACAGCAACUUCCACCUGUCGCUGGACGCUCUACGUGGGGAUGAAACGUUCACGGACGUUACCAUAUCGUGCUCCGGCAAGCUGCUCAGGGCCCAUCGGGUCAUACUCUCCGCCUGCUCCUCACACUUCAAAGACAUCCUCAGGGCAAUACCGCCGCAGCAGCACCCGGUCAUCGUGUUGCCCACCGUCGAGUGGGAGGUGAUGCAGGCCAUCCUCGAGUUCAUGUACCAGGGCCAGGUGAACGUGCAGCAGGCGCAGCUGGGCGUCUUCCUGCAGGUGGCCGAGGCCUUCUCCAUCCAGGGUCUGGCCGACGAGGAGACCAAGAGGAACGCCGAUAAGAAGGCGACGCCGUCGCGGCCGCCGCCGGCUGACCCCGGUCCAGCCUGCUCGCCGGCGGCCAAACGGCGCCGUCCCGAGCCGGCCCGCGCCGUGCCCUCCACCAUCAACAUCGACCUGAACGUGAAGUCGGAGCCGACGGAGAUGCUGGACGAGCUGGAUGAGCUGCUGGAACCGGACGGCGGCGAGCACCUGGAGCCGGUGCCGGGCCUGGAGCCUCCCGGCGGCGUUGAAGGUACGCGUUGGCACGAGGACCGCCGCCGCUCACCGGGCACGGUGCUGGUCAGCUCUGGCGGGCUGUGA